CGACAAUCCACAUCAACUCGCUCGCAUUCGUAUGUAAUAUCGGGAAGGGAGUCAUAUUUCAUGCAUAUUGAGCGGCAUUCGACUGUGGCAGAUGACCCAAACAGCAUGAACAAAAGAUCCUUGGCUUUGCAGCCACGCACGAAAUUGUUUCAAUACGAAUCAAUGCCAUGUUUAUGAUGAACUGAUCUACUUGAAUCAACAUGAUUCCACGCUCACAGGCCUUUGAACAGAGUUUGCCUCCACGAGUUCCUCAGGUUCCUGCGUCCAGCCAAGAAAGUCUCUCCGCGGGAGGGGGUCAGCAAUGUCUGAGCAGCUCUGGGAAUGUCCCAGAUAAAGUUUGUUGCCCACGGGAGAUAUGCCGGGAUGCAGGGUAGAUUACAUCAUUGAGGCGGAAUUGAGUUGCCCGUGUUUCGUUUCACCAGUUGACCGCUCCCAUAUCUCUGUCCCUGCUGUACAUCUCGAACAUGUGGUCGGAAUGCGUGGCUUCUCUUGGUACGGGACCCAAGUGUACGAAGAUGUCCGACGAAUUUCUUGAAUGAAGUUCUCGUUCUUGAUUCUAGAAGUGGGAUAUCUUUAUUGUAAAUUUACCACGUAGAGAUGGGGUGGUAGGCCCCCUCCAGGUUGCCCCUGAAUCUGUAAGCAGCGGGGCCACGGCGGUUCAUCCAGCGGCAUCGGGUCCUUGAGAUCGGAUUGAGAAACUCUGUUGACGUGAUGACAGGUCUGGUAGGCUGUCUGACAGUUUUACAAGGGAACAGAAGAAAUGAAAGAUCCACACUGCCUCCAAUCGCAGGGGACGACUUCAGACGAAAACAGACCAGAGAAUGGCUGUGGUGAUCUCACAUAAAG